GCAAGUGGCAAUGCAAUUAAGAAGCGCUCUAGUCUAUACAGCAACCUAGCUAGCUAGCUAAAAUAUUAUUCAAAGGCCAUAAGGCUUCAAUUCAAUUCAUUUUAGCUUCUUCAUUCUUCUUAAUUGGAUCGGCUCUCAUCGAUCUGAUCUCUACACCAAAUAUAAUUUGAGUGCAAGAUGAAGAGUUUAUUCACAGCGAUGAUGCUUAUUUCCUCUGUCCUAAAUGGGGGAAAAGUUGGCAAUGAUGAUGGUAGUAGCAGCGGCGGCGGCCUGAUCAACAUCGCUUGCAACACCACCCCCAACUACGCACUCUGCGUCUCCGUCCUGGCGUCCGACCCCCGAACCAGCUCCAACGCGGUGAACGUCGAGACUCUGGGGCUUGUGAUGGUGGACGCCGUGAGGGCCAAGGCUGAGGAGAUGAUAGAAACGAUUCGGGAGCUUGAAAAGUCGAAGCCCGUGGAGUGGAGGCUUCCCCUCAGCCAGUGUUACAUCUACUACUACGCCGUGGUGCAUGCGGACGUGCCGGAAGCAGAGGCGGCUCUCAAGAGAGGAGUCCCUAAGUUCGCCGAGGAUGGGAUGGCGGAUGCGGCGCUGGAGGCCGAGAGCUGCGAGGCUGCGUUUAAGCUGCCGCAGAAUCAAGAAAUGGAAUACUCGGGAUCCGGCAUCGAUGAGAUUAACAAGGAUGUAAUCCAACUCUCUGCUGUCGCCGCCUCUAUCAUCAAGAUGCUGUUAUGAAAUAAUAUAUCAUCAUAUCCUCCAUCCUCGAUCCAUUUUAUUUUUUAUAUAUAUAAAUGUGCAGUACGUGCAACUAUAUAUAGUA